AUGCCAGAGACUACAACUCCUGAUCCCAUCUCUCCGGCUCUUCACGAGUCAGUGAAGAAACGUAUCGAUCUUUAUCUCCAAGGACUCCCGGCUUCGCAAUCUGCGUUUGAGAGUCUGGCUUCGGCCGCUCGCUCGAGCCAGGAGGAAGACGAGGAAGAGAGCAGCGACGAUGAGCUGGUGUCCGAUGAGGACGACAGCGAUGACUACGGAGUCAAGGAGGACUAUGAGGAGGAAUCCACCGUUCCCGAUCCAAGUUGCGACACUUACCCCCCUUCACAGCCUAUCACUCCGUACGGUACUCCGUUUAUCGCACCGACAAUUGCGCUGACCGCGAGAUCUAGUGGGUCGAUCCUCGACAUGACCGUCGAAAACGUCACGUAUACGGAUGGCAAUGUGCCCACGGAGAAGAAGAAUGAGCUCCGGGUCCUUCCUCCCGAAGCCUACGACUGGACGAAGGGACCUAAGCGCCCGCGCUUCUAUACCGACGACGAAGCCCUCCACUGGGAGGAGCACGGGGUACCGUUUAACCUGAUCGAGUACCUGAUGGCGCGUCGCCGCAUGAGGAUCCGUGAGGAUCCCGAUUACCCCGACCCAUUCACCAUGCCUCGCCCGAAGCCACCUCCCCCCAGCCCAAAGGUUCCGUGGCCGUUCUCCUUGUCCGAUGACGAGGAGGAGGCUGCAAAAGACAAGGGAAAGGCGAAAGAGAAGACUCCAGAGAAGGCGUCCAAGGUCGAUGAUUGGGUUGUCACGCCGCCGAGCCCACCGGGUAGGUGGAUGCAGCAGGAGGGGGAGUUCGUCACUCCGCCCGGAAGCGACGACUCCCAGUGGGUCCCGUCGUGCGGACAGCCGGCGCCCCCACCCCUCAAGGAUCCCCGCCACGCGGUGUAUCUUGAGCUGGGCUUGCCGAUUCCGGAGUUCAAGCUUCCGACGACCCAGGAAGAGCGGGAUGAGAUGCUCCUCGAGUGCAUCAAGUCCCGCGACUACUGCAAGCACCGGCACAUCCAGACGGUACAGAAGCUCAACGAGCUGUACUCGGACCACUACCGUCUCGAGGAGCGGUACUGCAUGACGUACGAGAUCCUAGACUUCGUGCGGGGCGGAGACCGCUCGCGCAACCACAUCUUCUCGCUGCUGCCGGGACAGCGCGAGUACGGGAUGGAGGAAACAUGCGGGAAGGUGCUCGCGGCCGCGUGGCGCAAGGAGAACCCCGGCAAGCCCGAGAGGGUCGCGCCAGUGGUGCCUCCCGACUCACCGGCAGUUGCGGCGGGGAAGAGGACGGCUGCGAAGAAGCGUCCGGCUCCCGCUGCCCCCGCCACGACGAGUGCUGGUAGGGGGAGAGGGAAGAGGGCGAAGAGGUAG